UCAAUGUUUAGAGCUGUUGAACGAAAGUCGCACGGUUACGAGCCUGCUCAGCAUGGAAGGAAACACGACAAAUUCAACUGAAAGAUCAUGUGGCUUGUCUGAAAUGCCAGCUCGUACGUUUUUCAUAUCUGUCUACACACUGAUCUGUUCGGCAAGCCUGGUGCUCAACAGUAUUACAAUAUAUGUGUAUUUUUGUAAAGUUACUCAUAAAUCCAGCAUCACAGUGUAUCUGAAGAAUCUAGCUGUGGCCGACUUGUUCGUCUGCCUGUGUUUGAUAUUACGCAUAAUUAAAUAUGCUGUCAGUUCAGAGGAAAUUCAUCGUAUCUACUGUAACUUUGGGGCUCCAGCUUCCUACCUCAACAUGUACUCCAGUAUUCUCUUUAUGGGCUACAUUGCUGUUAACAGGUACCUGAAAAUUGUGCGACCAAUGGAGGGUCACAUUAUGCAAACAAUAAGUUCGACCCGCAACAUCUGUAUAACAACUUGGGCUUUCAUCCUCACUGUAAAUUGUUUCUACAUGAUUGCUUUUGCCAGUACACAAAGUGCUGCUACAAGAAGUCCUGCGGAAGGUGAUUUUGACUGUGACAGUUAUCAUAACAGUUUGCUCAAAAAGAUUUACAGGGUCAUACAGAUCACUUCCUUUGUAAUGUUUCUGUUUGUGUCGGUAUCAUUGAUGUCACUUUACUGGUGGACUGUAAAGAGGCUCAGACAAGCUGAGAGUGCUGCUCCAGCACAAACCAGCAGCAUCAAGCUUAUCAAGUCUAAGCGUAACAUGAAAGUACUAGUUGGAGUUUUCUGUGUUUGUUUUGUGCCUUAUCACCUGGUUAGACUUCCAUAUGUGUUCAUCAAACCCCUGCUGCAUGAAUGUAUACAAGUUCAGACUUUCUACAUUCUAAAGGAGCUGACUGUGCUGCUUGCGAUGCUUAAUGCCUCUUUAGAUCCGAUUAUUUACUUUGUCUUCUGCAAGGCCUUCAGGGCCCAAAUAAGACUUCGACAGAGAUAAAGAACAAAAGGACUGAAUUUAGAAAUGUUAUCAAACCAAUGCUGUCCAACAUUUUUUAAAUUACAUUUUAUAGGAUGAAAUUUUAACAAAAACAUUUUUUUUCCAAACACCCCCGAUCUAACAUUGGUCAGUCUAACAGAUAGUCAUGUCACAAACCCACAGCCAAUGUUUCAUUUUUGGACUUAUGGGGAAGCUCAAACAAACUGCAGGGAUUCUUAAUUUUGCGAAAAUCAACUACGGUAUUAAUUUAUUAUUUAUAGUUGUUUCUGCACAUUGACGCGAAAUUGCAGGAAGUAUUUUAAUAUUUAAAAAUAUAUAAUAUAUAAGUAAAUAUUUAUUGAUAACGUUUGGGUUGGGAGAAGAAACUUCAUACUGUAUAAUGCAAACAGAGCCGGUUCUUGAUAUUUGGAGGUCCUACACUGUAAAAAAAAAUUUGCUGAAAUUUUUUGUUGAAUCAACUCAGAUUUACAAGUCAUGUCAACUUAUUUACUUAUUUAUCUUGACUAGAGAUGAGUUGCUAUAACUAUAGAUGAGUUGUUAUAACUUAUAAAAUGAAGUGACUUUCUUCAACUAUAUUUUAUAAGUUGUAGCAACUCAUCCUUGUCAAGAUAAAAAAUAGUAAGUUGACAUGACUUGUAAAUCUGAGUUGAUUCAACAAAAAAUUGAAGGCAGCAAAGAUUUUUUACAGUGUAGGCAAAAAUUAUGUCGGAGGCCCCUCGCACCCCUCUAAUUUUCAUGAUAUUGUGAGAAAGUGUCAUAAAUUGUUUUGUUUGCUGUUUGACUUUAAAAACAAACAUUUUUAACUUGGCUAUUUUGAUAGUCAGCUCCCUAUACGCAAUGCUAUAUUGCACACACAUUCAAAGUGUCUAAACAGAGUCAGCAACGCUCAAGUUUGAUCUGUCCUAAAAUUUUACAAUGCAUUACAAUCAUUUCAAAAUACCUGUUUCAUGUGCUACACUGUCUUUGCAUGCUCUUUUUACUGAGCAGAAGACAAAGGAUGUAUAGCCGCUUCAGCAUCAUUUAACUCUUUCCCCGCCAUUGACGAGAUUUCUCGUCAAUUAAGAGAAAACGCUUCCCCGCCAAUGACGAGAUAUUCCGUCUUUCCGCAAUACCGCUAUUAUCCACCAGGUGGCGCCCUUCCGCAACUUUUUAAAACCGGAAGUAUUUCCCUAUGCCAAGCGGCUGCAUGUCCGUGUCUGUUUUAAAGAUCGCUCUGAAUGGAUGUCUAUGAAAAGUCCGUCAUAAAAAUGGAAUUAUUUCUGCUUUUUGCUCAAAAUAUGGUGUUUUUGCAAAAACCUACCCAUAUUCAAAAGCUGAUUGCAAAAGAACCACUAAAGGUAGGAUGAAAUGGUUUUUUUUUUGUUUGAAAGCAGAGGGUCUGCUCUUUCAUUUGGUAUAUUGUAUGUUUAUAUAUUUAAAGAAGAACAUUUUCUGGAAGGCAUUAAACUUUGGUGAAAAUCAUGAAAAACGCUGGCGCUGGCUGGCAACUUUUUUUAAAAACGCUGGCGGUGAAAGAGUUAAAGUCGGUCAGCUGCCGAGUUUUGGAAGUUAUUCAUCAUAUAGGCUAGGCUUCUGCGACUACAUGUGGCGCUUCAAUAACCGAUAGUUGGAUGACAUCAAAGUACCGCGAGACAUUUGCCUACUCUACUCUUCCUAUAGGUAGCACCGGCCCUGAGUCCAACAAAGGAGACCACAUCUCAAAGAGCUAAUAAUAUAGUAUGAAAAGCAUGUUAACCCAUUUAGUCUUGUUAAUACAUUGUUCUCUUUAGUCUUAUAUUAAACAUUUCGAGGGGUAAGAACCAUUAGGGAGUAAGUGACAUUUUGGUUGAUAUGGAGAUACAUAUUUAUCUCAAAAAAAGUUAUUGAUGAGCUCUUUCGGCUGCCAAAAGGACACAAGUGAAUUCUUAAUCAAUUUGGAGAUAUAAAAGUUUGAAAUUAGAAGACAAAUUCAGAUCAGAUGGCAUUUUUUGUUCUGGCCCUCCUUUAAAGUUGAAAUGUUCCUUACGAACCUUUGGCUUUCACCCCUCAAUUUGUGUAUUUGUACAGUUACAUUAAUACAAAAAAUGUAUGUAAUUUACAUGUUGUAUGCACUUUGUCAGUAAAAAAAAAAAGUUUAUGUGAUGAUGGCAUCACAUAAAUAAAUAAA